AUGAUCCGGGCAGGCGCCGUGAGAGCGCUUUACGCGGCCACACGGACCCAGGUCCCCCGACAACUACCUGCCUUCCGAUCUCGAAUCUCAACCUCCCUGCUGCAAUCGUCACGGAUGGUCACUCCCUCCUUCGUGGUUCCAAGCAUAAGAUACUACUCGGCCCCCGCCGGCUUGUCGAAAGAGGAGGUGCAAGGGAGAAUAAUGGAUCUCUUGAAGAACUUUGACAAAGUCACAGACGCCACAAAGAUCAGCGGCACGGCACACUUUCAGAAUGAUCUCGGAUUGGACAGCUUGGAUACCGUCGAGGUCGUGAUGGCCAUUGAAGAAGAGUUCAGCAUCGAGAUCCCCGACAAGGAGGCUGAUGCUAUUCACAGUGUCGACCAGGCAGUCGCUUACAUUUGCGCCCAACCUGACGCACACUGA